UACACCUCGGGACCAAGUCCCGGCCCGGUGACUAUUCCAGCGCGCAGUAGGAGUGCGCAGCCCAGCCCCGGUCCGAGUCCUUCGCCGAGCCCGAGCACCUUCUACCGGGUCGGCGAGAUGUCCAGCGAGAAGCGGGCUCGUGUCGUCCACACAAUUGGUCAGGUAGGAAGAGGAGCGUUGUGCAUUUGUCUGUUUGUCUCCAAGUGGAUCUCGAACUCUUUGACCGGACACCCGCGAGACCGAAAUUCACUCAACUGCCGAGUUGGGGCACCAGAUAAAACCGAUGCGGCAGCCGAGUCAGUCGAGGGACAAAUCGUCGCCGCCGAGCAUAGAACGUCAGAAAUCUACCUCAUUCUCUGCCGAUGGGCCUCAGCCAAACUGAUGAUGCAAGUUGAGGCGUCUCGAGGCGACGGCAGCACUAGCCAACUUGUCGGAACUGGACGAAGUGGAGCAAGUGGACUCGAAAGUUGUGUACAGUCAGCAGUUUCCGUGCAUCGAGUUCAGGCUGCUAGAAACUAG